AUGGCCACCCACUGUCACAAGGUCCACAUUAUGGCCACCCACUGUCACAAGGGCCACUUUAUGGCCACCCACUGUCACAAGGUCCACAUUAUGGCCACCCACUGUCACAUGGUCCACAUUAUGGCCACCCACUGUCACAAGGGCCACUUUAUGGCCACCCACUGUCACAAGGUCCACAUUAUGGCCACCCACUGUCACAAGGUCCACAUUAUGGCCACCCACUGUCACAUGGUCCACAUUAUGGCCACCCACUGUCACAAGGGCCACAUUAUGGCCACCCACUGUCACAUGGUCCACAUUAUGGCCACCCACUGUCACAAGGUCCACAUUAUGGCCACCCACUGUCACAAGGUCCACAUUAUGGCCACCCACUGUCACAAGGUCCACAUUAUGGCCACCCACUGUCACAAGGUCCACAUUAUGGCCACCCACUGUCACAAGGUUCACAUUAUGGCCACCCACUGUCACAAGGUUCACAUUAUGGCCACCCACUGUCACAAGGUUCACAUUAUGGCCACCCACUCUCACAAGGUCCACAUUAUGGCCACCCACUCUCACAAGGGCCACAUUAUGGCCACCCACUGUCACAAGGGCCACAUUAUGGCCACCCACUGUCACAUGGUCCACAUUAUGGCCACCCACUCUCACAAGGGCCACAUUAUGGCCACCCACUGUCACAUGGUCCACAUUAUGGCCACCCACUCUCACAAGGGCCACAUUAUGGCCACCCACUGUCACAAGGGCCACAUUAUGGCCACCCACUCUCACAAGGUCCACAUUAUGGCCACCCACUGUCACAUGGUCCACAUUAUGGCCACCCACUGUCACAUGGUCCACAUUAUGGCCACCCACUGUCACAUGGUCCACAUUAUGGCCACCCACUCUCACAAGGGCCACAUUAUGGCCACCCACUGUCACAAGGGCCACAUUAUGGCCACCCACUCUCACAAGGUCCACAUUAUGGCCACCCACUGUCACAUGGUCCACAUUAUGGCCACCCACUGUCACAUGGUCCACAUUAUGGCCACCCACUGUCACAUGGUCCACAUUAUGGCCACCCACUCUCACAAGGUCCACAUUAUGGCCACCCACUGUCACAUGGUCCACAUUAUGGCCACCCACUCUCACAAGGGCCACAUUAUGGCCACCCACUGUCACAUGGUCCACAUUAUGGCCACCCACUGUCACAUGGUCCACAUUAUGGCCACCCACUCUCACAUGGUCCACAUUAUGGCCACCCACUCUCACAUGGUCCACAUUAUGGCCACUCACUCUCACAAGGGCCACAUUAUGGCCACCCACUGUCACAAGGGCCACAUUAUGGCCACCCACUCUCACAAGGGCCACAUUAUGGCCACCCACUGGAAACACACCAAUCAUAAUGACUUACAAAACACAGCUCUGCAGAUCACCUACCGUAGAACCUAUUGGGCAAACUGA